AUGUCGUCUCCUCGUGCUCCCGAAGAAGAGGUUAUACAGCCUGACGCUGCUUUGCAGAAUGUCACUGAGGAUGAGGCUUAUGAUAAUGAGAAAUACGGAUUGCCAAUGGAUGAGGCUGAGCUUGAUCGCAUCGAUAUGUGCCAUGCUAAAUACUGCGCGUUGAUUGGAAAGAACCGUUACUUGGCGCCUUUAGAGAAGCCCCAGAGAAUUCUAGAUCUCGGCUGUGGUACAGGGAUAUGGUCAAUCGAAAUGGCAGAAGAGUUUUCAUCUGCAGAGGUCAUUGGGACAGAUGUUGCACCGACGCAACCUGACUGGGUGCCACCAAAUUGUCACUUUGAGGUAGACGAUAUUGAAAGAGAAUGGACAUGGAGAGAAGACAGCUUUGACUUUGUUUAUGCCCGUGAUCUUCUGCUAGCAAUUCGAGACUGGCCAGCCCUGAUUGACCAAACAUACACACAUCUUCGAGGAGGCGGCUGGGUCGAGUUCCAAGCCAUCGUCGGCGUUCUCGGGUGCGACGACGACUCCAUCCCCGAAGACAGCUAUCUCCGCAAAUUCUCAACAAUGAUGGAGCAAGGCUCUGCGAAGUUUGGUGCCAGUCUGACUGACCCGAUGCGAUGGAAGGGCUGGCUUGAAGAACGCGGGUACCAAAACGUCACAGAGCGAGUUUUUAAGCUUCCGUUCAACCCGUGGCCUAAAGAUCCGCGUAUGAAGCUCCUGGGGGCUUGGGAGAUGGAGAAUCUGCUAAGUGGACUUGAAGCCAUGGUAACGAGGAUGUUUUAG